AUGGAUUUGCUUGACCCAAUGGCCGCAACCCCGGAAGACUUCUUCAACGCAGCCAUGCUCGAUCAGCCUAGGGAUACUAAGGCGAGCAAGGUCAGGUCUAACGUCACCAACAUCAAUGUUAUAAAUUUCCCCGGCCUCAACACCCUCGGCAUCUCGUUGGCACGCAUCGACUAUGGACCAUUAGGUGUGAACACGCCACACAUACACCCUCGUGCCACUGAGCUCCUCACAGUGCUCGAGGGGACACUCUACCUUGGAUUUGUCACAUCCAACCCAAACAGGCUCUUCUCAAAGAUAGUUAAGAAGGGUGAUGUAUUCGUAUUCCCAAAAGCAAUGAUCCACUUCCAAAUGAACCUAGCGCAUGACAAGCCAGCAGCCGCAUUGUCCUCGCUCAGCAGCCAAAACCCUGGAGUUAUUUCUAUUGCCAAUGCAGUGUUUGGAUCAAAGCCACCGAUUUCGGAUGAUGUCUUAGCCACGGCAUUUCAGGUGGAGAAGGAUCUGAUUCACUGGCUUCAAUCUCAGUUCUGGGGGAACACCAACUACUAA